AAAUGUAAAAUUAUAUUUUUUUUGUUCGUCAUUUGGUAGACCAGAGCUCAUUAAUUGUGCAAGAAUGUAUACUCACGUCACGAGCGAUGACUUAGACCUUAUCUGAGAAACAGAUUGUGUAUGCUCCUUAAAAAUGGCCGGACUAUAUAUAGCAACGAUAAUAAUAUAUACCUUUUUUUAUGCAACGUUCGCCUUAGAAAGACCAUUUAACAAUGCCCAGUAUUUAAGGAGCAAAAUAUUAGACGGCAAAUUUUUCCUGAAAUGCAACAUUUCAGCAUCGGACAGGAUUUUUAAAAUAUUCGCUCCUUCUAACAGAUUUUAUGGAUUCUGUCAAAAAGGAAGCUUAAAGCGAUGGAUGUGUUCGGGCGGCAACAUUAUACCUCAUAUGGAAUCUAAUAUAAUGACUGUGGAAGUAAACAUACGAAUUUCAAAAGAAAAUUGUGGAGAAUGGAAAUGCAUUCAUGGCGGAAAGCAAGAUACUGUUAAUAUUAAAUCAGUUGAAAAAUUAUGCAAUAUUAUGAGAGAUGUAGAAAGAAAACCAGAGUUUAAAGGCGUCGCUUUGAAGUAUUAUAGAUUAAAGACAGUCUUUAAAUUCUCUUGCAUCAUCUUUCAGCGACCAAUAGGAAACACUGUGAAUUUUCUUGUAAAUUAUACAACUGUAGAUAGUCUACGCUUUUACAACAACAGAUGUUACAAUAAAAACAGAGCAUGCACUGCCAGAACUGAUAUCUGUGGGUGUUCUUACACAGACAAUGUUUUUACAAUGAGAUAUGUACUUGAAAAGACGGGGUCAGUUUACAUUAAUACAACUUUUGGAGUUCAAAUGAUAUUAACCGGAAAUAAUGGAAAGGGAGUCCAAUUGACAUUAUUACGGGUGUAUGAUGGCAAAGAGUUUGGAAAGCUUCAGACCGUAACGGUUCCAAAUGCACAUGUGCACAUACCAGAUGUAGAGACAGUCAAUAAAGAUGAUAACAAUGGUACGGGAAUACAUAAUUUUCUGCUGUUCAUUCUCUUAUCUUGGAUUGCAGUUGGUGUCUUUUGGAUACUUAUCGCUGUACUCGUCAAAUGCAGAGGUUCUUUCAAAGAUACAAAAUUCCAGUAAAUCAAUAGGAUUGCAUAAAGGAGCAAGAAACUCAUUUACUUUUUGUUGUCAAAACCCUUGAGAGAAGUUAAGACGGACAGAAUCGCCAACAUCGGUCCAACAAUACAAAUAGUUUCUAUAAAACCGAAUGAUGUCAGAAUGUGAAAACGAAAAUAAAAAUAAAUGUUGACGGUAUCAAUAUCUGUAACUGUUAUGAAACCGCUUUUAUGUACAUUAAAAUGUCUUCCUAGAAUA